CUUCCACUUGCAAAGCAAACUCUGCCUUGAAUAAAGAGACAUAAGCAAUUAUUAAGCAGUUUCUUACAGCCUCAUUCGGGAGUGAGUUUGCUGAUAUCUGGAGGUAGUUCUGGAAUUUCAAUAGCAGGGACGAUGCAGGAACCCGACUGUGACCUGGCCAAGCAGAGGAAACAGUUGGUCCAGGAACUGUGCAUGGAAAAACAAGGAGAGCACUUUGACCUGGGGAAGAAGAUCAGCGUUCCUCAGGAUGUGAUGAUGGAAGAGCUUAACCUGCGGUCGAACAGAGGUUCCAGAAUGUACCAGGAGAGACAGAAGAGGGUGGAGAGGUUCACCUUGGAGAACGUAGCACCAGACACUCACAGGGUGGUGCCCCACGACCCCCAGCAGCCAGACCAUAGCAGUACACACAACCAGGAAGCCUUACAAGGGGGGAGGAAUAACUACCACACAGAGGUCUAUAUUGGACAACCAGGAAGAAACAGCCUCGUGAGAUCUCUGAAGAACACAAUAGCCAGUAAGGGAAACCCCAGUGUCCUGGCCCCAGGUUACAAUGGGCCUCUGAAAGAAGCUCCUCAUGAGAGGUUCAACGUCACUGUGAUUCCCAAGUCCUACUGCUCCCCAUGGCAGAUUCAGCACCAUAACGGUAACAGUGACAAGCUGCUGUCUGCCAUCUCUGCCCAUCUCCCUGAGCUGCCACAGAAGCUCACCCCAAACAACUACAGGUGCUUCAACAGGGCCCCGAUGCCAUUUGGGGGGACAGCAGGUAGUGUGAGGAUGUUCCCCUUGCCAGGAUUUGAGCUCCUGCAGGCCCAUACUGAACCGAGUCGGACCUGGGAGAGCAUAUGUGACCGGCCCAACUUCAACCGCACCCCAAGGGGCUGGGCUGCACACUACACUGCUAAAACGGAGACUUCAGACCUCUGAGCCUAUGGCUGUGACGGAGAGCAUCAUGGGUAACUUGUAACUGAUCUACAAAUAAUAUUUAGUUAUAUAUGAUGGAAGGGGAUUUGUUGAUCAGCCUUGACGCUCCUGUAAAGCCGGCUUCAAUGUUGAACACGAAGCUUUAGAUGACCUGGCUACACUCUUACAGAAAUAAAAUGCAAGUCCAAACAGUGGAUACUAAUGUGCGAUUUUCUAGCAUGUAAUCACUUUAGAAAAAUAAUGUUCUCUCCUUGUCUUGUUCUGCCACAGCUAAUGAUAUCCACAAUGUCUUAGACCAGGUCAUUCUUCAUCAAG